GUCCGUGGAUGAGAAUUGGUGGGGAGUGCGGAAUUUAUAGACGGGGAAAACGUCAUUUACAGAUCGGCAACGUUGUGCAGACGUCUACAAUUCUACAACAUAGACAAACGACCACAUGAGGGUUGUAUCAUUUUUAAUAUAAAAUUAGUUGUUAUUCAAAAGCUAUCGGCAGUUAUAAGUGUUGAUUUAGUGUUAUAGUUUAAUAUACUAAAUUUGUUAGUGCAGCAACGUUGCGUAAUUCGCGUUAAAACGUGUUUUGACGAAAGUGCGCGUUAUACAUAUUAUCUAGAAAGCAUUGGAUUGUUUGGGGUGUCUGGCGUCGUAAUUUUCUAAAUAAACACCUUUCGAUGACCUAUAUUACGCCAGUGCUCUAGUUUUUCGUGCAAAAAAGUGAACUCUAAUGCCCUUGAAAAUAUGUAAUGAGUGUUUUUAAAAUGUUGAUUAUGUUCUUUAAAAGUAUCGGGCAACAGCAAAUAAGUGGGGGCGAGGUUCUUCGUUGUGGACUUUACAAAAAAUUGAAAACAUUGCGAAAGAAAUGGUUCGUUUUACGUGCAGAGACACCUGAAACGUCAGCUCGUCUGGAAUAUUAUGAUUCGGAAAAGAAAUUUCUCAGCGGUCAGCCUCCCAAAAGAAGCAUAGUAUUGAAAACUUGCUUCAAUAUAAAUAGGAGGAAGGACACUAAAUACAAGCAUGUCAUUGCACUGUAUACAAAGGACGAUUGUUUUUGCGUGGUGUUAGACACUGAGGAAGAAUUAGAGUCAUGGUUGAAGGAACUCUUGUCACUUCAGCAUGGCGAAGAAGAUGCCGAUGGAGAACCGCCAAAACCAACCUACGAACACGUUUGGGACGUGACGAUCGUCAAAAGGGGUUUGGGAUGGACGAGAUCGGGCAAUUAUCGAUUAUGCCUUUCGAGCACCAUGUUGUGUUUGGUAAAUCAAGAUGGCAACAGUAAUUUGGAUGUUAAUUUCAUGUUGUGGCAUAUUAGGAGUUGCGGCAUUUUGAAAAGCUUCUUUUUCCUGGAGCUUGGUAGAUACAGCCCCAUAGGUGCUGGAGAAUUUUGGAUAACCUCAAUCGACAGCGCCAUAACUCAAAAUAUGCACGCCAUCAUUUAUCGUAAUAUGGGACAAAACAGGAGAUUGUUGGAGAUGCGCGUUAGAUCGUCUUCGGCUACGGAAUCUUCGAAACCCGCUGCUAAUGCUCAGCCGGUUACUACGUCGUCUAUAACCAAGGCGACUACAACACCGAUUAUCACAGCUCACAGUCGCGAAAGAUGUGACAGCAUGCCAUCUAGAACGAGCGAAGGUACCCAUUUGCCCCACUGGAAACCGUACCUAGCGCCGUAUCGCUCCUACCUAUCCCGCAGUCCCCCCGUGGCUAGUUCGGUGAGUCCUCCAAGUAUAGGAUGCUCGACGGAUUCGACCGGAUCCACGUAUAGCAUAUCGGACGAAACGACGGAAUUGAUGUGCGUGGAAUGUUCAGAUACCGGAAGAUACAACAACAAUACUCUAACACCGGAAGAAGCCAUAGCCGAAGAAGAUUGCCCCGAAACGUCGCGAAAUUCCACCAAUAACGGAUACGUCGAUAUGGCGUGUCGUAACGAUAUAAACUCCCCAGCUACUAGUGUGAGUAGCAUAGUUUCCGGCACGCCGUCCACCGAUAUCCGUUUCUCCGAUUAUCCCUUGGAGAAGGUCUGCUCGUAUCUGAUUUGCGACGAAGACGACGCCAGACCGGCCAGGGCUUAUUCCUUCGGAUCGAAACCCGAAACUUCCAAAACUAAAAAACACGUGGAUUUAUCAGAUAGUGCUAGAGUUCGAGCGUUCAGUAUGGGUUCUAAUGCUAAAAAAUGGCCUAGCAGGAUUUUGCAUCCCCAUCAUCAUCCGAGUUUGAAAUCCACCAGCGCUCCGCUUUUGAGUAACACGAGGAGUCACAGUUCUCACAGUUCCAGUGAUCGAAUGGACGAUCUGAUGGAGUUGGAUUUCUCCAAAGGUGCCAAUAACGCUUAUGCAGGUCCUAAACCCAAUACAACUGCCAAUAAUGGUUACGUCGAGAUGAAACUCGGUGUGGAGAUAGCGCCGAAACAUCGCGAUGUAUCUCCGUACGUGGACAUGUCCGGUUCGGCUUAUAUGGAUAUGAGCGGCAGCUCCCCUUCGUUAAGACCCGAACAGGAGUAUAAUUCUUUCGUCGACAUCAGCAGACAAUACAAGUUACCAUCGAACAACAACUACGUCGUCAUGGACGCUAGAAGGAACCGAAUAAAUUCCGCCACGUCACCGACGUCCAAUUCCGAUUACUUCGACAUGUCGAGCGGCGCGAACAAUUCGCGUAGAUCGGAACGCGGAUCUUCGUUUUCUUCUCAACUGUCCAACGCUUCCUCGCCACGCAACAACGAUUACCUUCCGAUGUCGUUCUCCCCCCAGGACAACCCUCGAACUACCCCCGAAGGUUACGUCGAAAUGUCGAUGGGAAAGAAACAUCAACGCCAAGGGAGUUUGGACGGUUGUCAAUCGUCGGGACACAACGACGAUUAUUUAAACAUGUCGGUGGUGCCGAAGAAGAAACCCACGAAAAAUCAAACUUCCCAACCGAUUUCCAUCCUACCGACCGCCGUUCAAACCUCGAAGAAUUCCUCGAUGUCGUUUUUGGGUAGGAAAUCAUCCACCGGUACCCCGCCCAAGAUGCAUUUACCGCUGUCGUCUUGGUCGCCUUCGUCGCUAUAUUCGAGUUUGCCUCGCACAAGGGCUCGAAAGGAUUCCAAAGAUAGUUCGAGUUCGAGCGUAACGACGCCGAGCAGUUCCAGCACCAUAUUUCCGUUGAGUCUCAAUAGUCCGAGUUCGCCUUUGAAGGCGAACAAACCGGAAACGCCAUCUUCGAAAAUAACCGCCUCCAUAUUGAACAUGUACAAAUCGACCAGCAAACCGACGCCGUCCGAAGAUUACGCCGUCAUGGAUUACGAAACUAACCGAAACGAAAAGAAUAAAGAAAAUACGGAUUACGUUAAUUUUUCGCCGGUUUGCGAUAGAUUGGUGAUGAGCAACUCGAUGGAUCCGAAGGAUAAGCUCGAUAGGAACGCGAGGAAGGAACGUUCCUCGGGGGAUUACGCCGUAAUGCAACCGGUCACCGGUAGGGUUAGAGAUCAUUCGGAUAGAAGGGAUAGUUUGGAUACUACUCCUUUGAUAGGACACCUUUCCAUGAUUGGUAUCAAGGAGAGUCAAUCCAUGUGUUUCCAACCUAUCAAGGAAGAUCUCGCUUCGUCUCCGGUUAACGAAGUAUCUAGAAGAACUAGCGAUACCUCGGACUACAUGGAAUUGGGAGUAUCAUCAUCAUCGUCAUCUUCGACGACGAAAAUUUCCCGUCCGAAUUCGGUGAACGGCGAAUCGCGCCUAGUUACGGACAAACCGCGUCCCUCUUCGGUAUCUUUAGACAAUUCGCGUAUGGUGACGUCGCGACCCAGUUCGACCACCAGCGAGCAAUGGUCGUCGUCGUCGACUUUGGUGAAUUCGCGACCGGAAUCCGUGAAUUCCGAUACGAUAAAAGACGUUAAAGAAGAAUCGACGCAAAACAAUCGACUCGUUUACGCUAGUUUAGAUUUAGUUAAACAAGAAGACGAAGAAGAAGAAAACAGGGCCGAAGGUAGCGCCGAACAAUCGACUUUUGUUUACGCCGAAAUCGAUUUCGUCAAAAGUGAAGGUUUAAAACAGAAUAACCAAAGUUUAGGUAGUGCCGCCGGCAACGCUAAAGUUAAACAUUAAAUCGAUCGAUUUUGUGUUCAAUAGAAGAUCGAACGUGUCGAAGGCGCAAUGCAAAUUCGGGUUUUUGAUAAAAAACUUUAUCUCCGGAGGUAUUUUACACCGUAGACGACUUUACAACACGCGUAAAGCAGAAACUAACGAUACGCACUGUAUAUUUUUACCUCAUUUGGACUUGCCGGAUCUGAUAUAUUUUAUUUUGGCACUUUUCGAAUCUGUCAAUUGCCUUUUGGCGGUUUUCCUACUUGUCUACUUUGUUUUUUCUACGAAAAGUUCAAUUCUAAUGAUCGUACUUUGAUUUAUAUCUAGUUCGGUGGUUUUAUUUUGGCACUAAUUGAAUCUACUGAUUUUAUUUUGGCAUUAAAUGAAUCUACUGGUUCCAUUUUACUCGAUAUGACAAUUCCAUUAUGACCUUUUUAUGAUUUUAAUCAAUUUAUCGAAUCUUUGUUUGGAUUUGCCGAAUCUGAUCAUUUUAUUUUGGCACUUUUCGAAUCUGUCAUUUGACUUUUGGCGGUUUUCCUACUUGUCUACUUUGUUUUUUCUACGAAAAGUUCAAUUCUAAUGAUCGUACUUUGAUUUAUAUCUAGUUCGGUGGUUUUAUUUUGGCACUAAUUGAAUCUACUGAUUUUAUUUUGGCAUUAAAUGAAUCUACUGGUUCCAUUUUACUCGAUAUGACAAUUCCAUUAUGACCUUUUUAUGAUUUUAAUCAAUUUAUCGAAUUUUUGUUUGGAUUUGCCGAAUCUGAUCAUUUUAUUUUGGCACUUUUCGAAUCUGUCAAUUGCCUUUUGGCGGUUUUCCUACUUGUCUACUUUGUUUUUUUUUACGAAAAGUUCAAUUCUAAUGAUCAUACUUUGAUUUAUAUCUAGUUCGGUGGUUUUAUUUUGGCACUAAUUGAAUCUACUGAUUUUAUUUUGGCAUUAAAUGAAUCUACUGGUUCCAUUUUACUCGAUAUGACAAUUCCAUUAUGACCUUUUUAUGAUUUUAAUCAAUUUAUCGAAUCUUUGUUUGGAUUUGCCGAAUCUGAUCAUUUUAUUUUGGCACUUUUCGAAUCUGUCAAUUGCCUUUUGGCGGUUUUCCUACUUGUCUACUUUGUUUUUUCUACGAAAAGUUCAAUUCUAAUGAUCGUACUUUGAUUUAUAUCUAGUUCGGUGGUUUUAUUUUGGCACUAAUUGAAUCUACUGAUUUUAUUUUGGCAUUAAAUGAAUCUACUGGUUCCAUUUUACUCGAUAUGACAAUUCCAUUAUGACCUUUUUAUGAUUUUAAUCAAUUUAUCGAAUUUUUGUUUGGAUUUGCCGAAUCUGAUCAUUUUAUUUUGGCACUUUUCGAAUCUGUCAAUUGCCUUUUGGCGGUUUUCCUACUUGUCUACUUUGUUUUUUCUACGAAAAGUUCAAUUCUAAUGAUCGUACUUUGAUUUAUAUCUAGUUCGGUGGUUUUAUUUUGGCACUAAUUGAAUCUACUGAUUUUAUUUUGGCAUUAAAUGAAUCUACUGGUUCCAUUUUACUCGAUAUGACAAUUCCAUUAUGACAUUUUUAUAAUUUUAAUCAAUUUAUUGAAGCUUCAUUUGGAUUUGCCGAAUCUGAUCAUUUUAUUUUGACACUUUUCCAAUCUGUCAAUUGCCUUUUGAUGCUUUUCCUACGUGUCUGCUUUGUUUUUUACGAAAAUUCAAAAUCUGAUUAUCAUACUUUGUUUUAUAUCUAGUUCGGUGGUUUUAUUUCGACCCCGCAACAACUUGAGUUUUAUUUUGGCACUCGAGCAGCAGUCCAAGAUAUCUUGAUAGGAUAUUUUUUCCUUUUUCCGCUGUAAAAUUGUCUGUUGAACACUACUUUCGCUUUAUAAUCACAAAUUUGUCCUAAUAUACACCCAACGAAAAAAAUCGUUAUACUUUUUUGAGGUUAUGUUAUUGUCCAGCAAAAAGUAAAAUGCCUCGAAAUGACAUCAAAUUAUCUAGUUAUAACCAAAAAAAUUGCCUACGAUCACGUUUUGUCGGUUUUUUGUAAAAUCGAAUUUGCAUUGUAUUACGUCAUAUAUAAACUGCUUCUAUUUUAUUUUUUUUAAUUUAAGUAAAAUGUACUGCCAUUUUUUUUUUUCAUCGGUUAAGGCUACUAAAACUAUUUGUUACUAUUUUACCGGCGCCAUUAGAAGAAAAAUGUCGUUUAUUAAAUUUUGACAGUUCACUAGUUGAAUUUUGAAAAUUCCACAAAAAGUUUCGUAUAAUUUUUACUAAUCGAAAAUAUUUCUUAAGACAGGAACACACUGUAUUCAAUUUUUUUUCAAAACCUAUUCAUUAUUAUGCAUUUUGAUUAAACAUACUUUUCAUUUCUUCUUCUUUUCUCUAAACAACACACAUGAUUUUACUUUUAACACGUUUACUGCCGAGGCAAUUUCCAGAAUUUGAUUUGAUCGCAUUAAAUCGUUGAAAAUACUAAUUUUAAUACAAAUUUAUCAUAAAAAUGUUGAAAAACAAAUUAUGUAAAUAAUUAACAGUAACAAAAAGUUUUUAAUUGACAGUUGACGUGUUAAUAUGUAAUGGCAAGUUUUAUAUUUUUUUUUCGGGUCACUAUUAAUGAUUUUUCUUUUUUUUAUAUAUAUAAAACAAAUUUAAAUUACGCAAAUCUUGUAAAUAUAUUUGUAUAUACUCAAAAUUUUUUUGAUAUUUCGAAAUUUUAGGUUAUGUAUUCGGUUAGAGUUGUAUAGCAUCACUCUGUACAUUGGAUUUUAAACGUUUAAGAAUAUUUGUAAAUACAUUUACGUAUUAGUUAAAAAAAAAUUAGGAAGAGGAACGAAUUUUUAUUUCCAUUGUAUAAUAUAUAUACAGGGUGUUCUAUUUCAAAUAGUCAACCUAUCGAUUCAAUUAUUUAUAAAUAUUGUAAUUAACUAAAAUUCCCUGUAAAUAUGUUUGUUGAAUGUUGGAGAAGUUUUUUUUUCGUUUUAAAUUAAUGUACUGGGUGUUUUAUUUGGAAAUUUUGUAAAUAUUUUUGUAUAUAUGCCAAUUUCGAGGAAAAUUAUUUAAACAAAUUCGAUUUUUUUUUUCAAAUAACGUGAUUUUGUAUAUAUAAGUAAAAAAAAGUUCAAAAACAAGAGACAAUUAAUUUUUUUUUCGAUCAAUAACCAAAAUGAAUUAUUCAAAAAGCCAAAGUUAGAAUUAUACAGGGUGAGUCAUGGGUAAUUACAUUUAAAUUAAUAAUUUAACAAAACAAAUUAAUUUUGGGACUCGUUUAUUUCAAAUUUUUUCGUUUUUUUAUUAUUCUAAUAUUUUUAUUUCGAUUAUUUCAAGAAAUUUUAGUUUUUUCAACUUAAUUGAGUCAAUUUUAGCCCUCACCAACUUGUCAUGGAAUGAAUCGGCCAUUUUAUUGUGACUUUUCCGAAUUCUUUUAGUUUUAUUUUCAAAAAAAUUGAAUCUAACGGUUCUAAUUUAUUUUUUAAUACUUUCUAAAAGUUUAUUUUUCAUAUCAAACUUUGUUGGAUCUAUAAAUAUUAUUUUGUCACACUCUAUAUAUCUGACAGUCACAUUUUGACGGUUUUAUUUUGGUUUUUACUCAAUAUGACAAUUCCAUGUCCUUUUUGGGACGUUAAUCAUUUUGUUAAAUCUUCAUUUGGACUUGCUGAAUCUGAUGGUUUUAUUUUGGCACUUGUCGAAUCUAUUGAUUUUAUUUUGACACUUUUUGAAUCUGACAAUAACGUUUUGGUGGUUUUACAACCUGUCCACUUUGUUUAUUUUUUAUAAAACUGAUAUCUAAACCUUUUAUUUUGAUUUAUAUUUAAUUUAGUAGUUUUAUUUAGGCACUAUAGGUUUUAUUUUGUCAUUUAUUGAAUCUAACAGUUAUUUUUUUGGUAAAACCAACUGCUACAGGAGUUAUCGGGACACAAACUUUUGUCUAUUGAAUAAAAAUCAUAUUUUUGACCCUAGAUUGUAAUGAUUUUAGUUUUUGUUUUCCAUUAUAAUAAAAAAAAACAAUUUUCUUUAAUUACAAGUUUAUUUGAAUACUUCAAAUAUUAUUUAAAAUAUUCUGAAACUCGAGAUUUUACUUCGACAGUUGCGGAAUGGAAUUUUCUGUUUUUAUUUCCUUGAACGCUCGUUAAAUCUGAUGGUUUUCUUUUGGAAUUUGCUGAAUCCGGUGAUUUAUCAAAGAAAAAGUGAAUAUACUGGAAAAUAGUGGUCUAAAAAGCUCCUUAUACUAACUUCGAACCAUCUGUAUACCAAAAUAUGUAUUACGGAAGAUCUUUACUAACCCACAAUUGACUAUCAUUGAUCACCACUUCGAACGGGGUGUCUUUGUCCAUCAUAUUUUAUAUUUGUACUUGCAGAAUCUAUUGGUUAGGUUAGGUUAGGUGAUGGGAGACUCAUUGGGUUGUUUUUUUUUGUGGAAUGAGGACAUUUUCAUGUGAGAUGAAAUACAUUUCAGUGUUGGCCCUGAUAUAGGAAAGAUUUUCCUCUACAAAACUGAUUCUGUUGAAUAAAAUCCAUCGCAAAACAUGUUUUUUCUAAUACCGAAUCUACUGGUGUUAGUUUGACAUGAAUCUAAUGUCUUUCAUCGAAUCUAUUGGUCUCACUUUGGUAAUGACAGACUUGUUGGGUUGUUUUUAUGUGGAAUUUCAUUAUUGGCCCCAAUAUAGGAAAUAUUUUCCUCUACACAACUGAUUCUAUUGAAUAAAAUCCAUCGUACAACAUAUUUGUUUGGUAUUUUCCAAUAUUGAAACUAAUUUUAUUAUUUUUUUAAUGAAUCUAAUGACUUGAAUUCAAUCCAGUGGUUUUAUAUUGAUUUUUUUCCCAAAUCAGUCUUAUAUUUUGAAAUCAAUGGGGUCCUGUGGUUUUAUUUUGGCUGGUAUACAGUGCGGAGCAUCUAUUACCUAAUUAAACAUUUUGUCACUACAAUUAUUGACAUAUUAUUUAUGACUCACACGGUAUAUAUUUUCAAAAUAAGAAUAAAAGAAGGAUUUGUAGAAUUUUUUACUAAUGUUUCACUAUAUAUUUAUAUAUAAAAAAGUGGCUAAUAUUUUUUUUAAGGUAAAGCUGGUUGAUUUUUUCUUUGCAUUACAUAAUUAAAAAAAUUUUAUACCGUAUUUUUGUAUAUAUAUAUAUAAACAAGUAGAUGCAAAAAAAUUUAAAAAAAAUAAUAGCAUAAUGUAUUUAUUAUUAUAUUUUAUACUAGAUUAAAUAGGCUGCGACAAAAACUUAAUCUAAUCGCGCCUUUAAUUAAAUAUAAACUUGAUCUAAUACAAUGUGUUCCGAUAUUGACACUUCAUUAUAUAUUAAAAUAUACAAUGUGUCUCAAAAAAUUGAUAUACAAAUCAACAACUUUUUCAUUAUUAAUUUUAGUAAAAAAAUCAUUUUUCAAAAACAACUUCUGUAUAACCUAAAAUCCAAUUAACAGAUUUUACUUUUUCAAAAUUAUAUACCAGGUAUGUUAGAAAAUAUGAAUUUUUUUUAAAGCUUCAAUAGCUUUUAAAUGUUCUGCCCUUUUCAGAAAUAGUGUUUAAAACCACCUCUUUUAGGAGGCUCAAUCAUUUCUAUAAAUUCUUCCUUUGUUAUCUUCUAUUCGUUUCCAUCGUGGUCUUCUUUUUCACUUACUUGUACCAUGAGCUUAAUAUAUUAGUUUUUGUACAUACCUCGUAUAUGAUUGAAGAAAAAUUAUUUCUAAUAGUUGCAUUUUGGGUUUUAGAUGGAAAAAAUUGAAUGAAUUAUGAUUUUUUUCGUUAAAACAAAUGAUAAAGAAGUUAUGCAUUUGUAUGUAUACAAGGAUUUAAAUAUUGAAGUAAUUUUUCGAUAUUAAAUACUUUAAACUCACACACACCACGUUGUUUGCGUUUUUUAACGACAAAAUUGCUAUAUUAAAGUGAUAAACGAUGAUAGAUCAUUUUUUCCAGAGGAGUCUUUGCCUGUCUCAGGUUAUCCCAACAAUCGGUUUUCUUCCAUUUUUAUCCCAUUGUUCGUAGUUGAUACCACGGAAGUAUUCAAGUCCCAUGAAGGACUUGUCUGCCUCCGAUUUAGCGAGCUUAUCAACUAUUUCAUUCCCCCUUCACUCAUGUGUGCCCCGGAAUCUAUUAAAGGGAUGAUAGUCCCUCUCUACAUUGAACUAUGAUACGUAAUCAAUUGAACGAUGAUACAUCAUUUUUAUCAAUAAUAAAUUAUAAAAUAAACGCAAAAAUAAGUAAAAACUUUCAAUAAAUACAAAAUUAUUAACAAUAUAUUGAAUGAUUACACAAAUUUUUUGUUUUUUUGUAUUUGGGACAUUUUUCUUUAUAAACUUUCAAACGUAACCAAUUUUAAAUAUAAAUAUAUCGAAAAGUUACUAAAAUAAAUUCUAAUGCUACCUCUAUAUGGUUCCUCAGAAAGAAAACGUAUUAGCAGGGUGAAGAGUGAACCGCUAUUGAAUAUUUCUCUUUAGAGAAAAAAAAUCUUGUACAGGACGAGUGUUCGACAUCACUUUAUCUAUUACCUCGCCCUGUACAUUAUUCGAGGGUAAGAUGAGGAGUUUUGACCAAAAAAGGCUUAGGAAAGUAGGAAAUGUUGUUGUAGGAUAAAAAGUGCAGAUUUAGUGCUGCGCGUUCCGUUUAUAAAAACUUAUCUCAUCUUAACUCGUAUUAGGAUAAAUACUAUAACUAUUAUUAAUAGUAAGGCAGCUAUUCUGGCCGUUUUUAUAAAAUUAGUGAAUGUAUUUAUAUAAAAAAAAUAUUAUUUUUCCCUUUUUUCUUUUAUGUAAAUAUUAGAGUGAGAAUCUUGAAAAUACUACCUUUUAUAUACAUUGUAGGUAGGCUAUAAGCGAUAUUAAUGUAAUGAUGCUAUUAUGCGGUUUUUGUUUUGGAGUAAAAUCGUUUUUACCAAUUCAAAUAUAUUGAAAACAUACAUAAAGUUAUUAUUCCAUUAUUUACUAAAAAACAAUUUUCGUAAAUAUAAACUGUACUUACAUAUAUUUUGUUCUAUUUUAUAUGAUAUAGAAUAAAAAAUUUUCGUAUUUAUACCGAUUUUUCCACUUAUCUACCGGUUUUUAAUAUAAAUUCAAAAUUUUAACGGUCUUGAUCAAUUUUUCUUCAUAAUAAAUAAAGCUUCUUGUCAAUGUCAAUGUCAACCUGACAUAUGAUCUAAUAUCGAUUUUUGUUCGUUCGAAGAACACCGUAGUGUACUAUGUUCAUUUCAUAUCUAUGAAUACAAUCGAUACAUGGAUAUAUUAUUAAAAUCGAAUCGAUAUUCUCUGUUCACGUUUCAAAUAAAUCGAUAACCAACUAAGUUGUGAUACACAUGCUUGAUUACGAACCUAUUUAAUAGAAAAACCUAAUAACUGCUACAACUGAAAGAUAAUUAAUAAUUUUCGCGUCACGGAACUGAGUUACUAAAAAAUCAGAUCUGAGUUUAUCGUGAAAACCACAUUUUGAAAGUGCACAUUCGCUCGGAAUCAGUUCCGAGAACAAAGCUUAUAACUACACUUAUAUACAGUGUCCUAAAUAAUAAUCAACACAAAGUAGAGGCGUAUAGGUGAGUCCAAAAUUUGACAGUAUCAAAUUAAGAAUCAAAUUUUUUUUUGCAAUCAUUUAACCUGAAAAUAAUAAAUGUAUCACUUUGUAUAAGACUGUUGAGGGUAAAUGAAAGGCGAUUGAAUCACAACGUUCUUAUGUCAGUUGAUUUAAAAAUUAAAUUCUUAAACGUUUUUACAAUAAAUUUUCCAUAAAACUUUCAUUUUCCAAAAAAAAGUCGAAUAAUUUGUUUUCAACAAUAUUAUUUAAAGAACUAAAAACUAGUCGAGCGUAUAUACAUCAAAUUUGAAACAAUACAAUUCAAUUACCAAGACUGUUAAAUUCCGAGGACGAUCUAUUUUCAUUAACCCCGCACAAUCCAAUUUUGUGACAUCACAAAUUACAACAAAUCUCAUCUUGACAACAUCAAUUUCUCAUAUUAUUUUUGAGACUUGAAACUAUUCACAUUAUAUUCACCUUGUAAAAUGAGGUUCACAUUAUUUAUCAAUAUUUUACAUUUCUCUAUAAAGUAAUUUGUGACGUCAGUAGACAUUUGGACAGAUUUGUUUAAAUGAACCGUCCUAUUCGUUGUGGAAAUCCUUGGUUAAUGGUAAUCUUCCGUCUGCGCGUUGAUGGUGCGCGCGCAUAACGCAGUGGCGUACACACAGAAAUUACUGAAGGGAAUAUGCUGUAGAAACAAGAAUAUUACGUAAUUUUUUUUAAAAUAAAUUGUUAUUAGUGGGAAUGAUAACAAAUUUGGUUAUCAACUGUUAUUGAAAGAGUUUAUUUUUAAAUUUCCAGUUGAUAUUUAGUGAUAACCUGAAUCACAAAUCUAUAACAAAGUAUUACUUAAAGUAAACAAAAAGAAACAUUUGAAACUUAACAUAAUAAAACGAUUUUCUCCAGUUUUUUCAAUGUAUCCUAUUUCUUAUGUAUUUAUACCUAGACAUUAAGAGUUUUGAAGAGAUUGUUUUGUUUUUUUUUUUGGUUAUUUUUUUAAUUUAAAGCAUUUUUCCUAUUUAAAAAUUAAAAAUACGAUCUUUUUUUCUUUAAGUAGACUGAUACGUUGUAGGUAAUUUUUGUCUGUAUUUAGACUUAAUUAACUAGACAUUUAAAUAAAUUAUUUUCGUCUGCUCUAAGAAAAUGAUUAAGUAAUUAUAGUAACAAUUUGUUUUCCUCUUAACUUAGUGAAUACCACCAGGAUGUUUCAAAACAAUUGUUGAUAUAUAAGUUUGAUUUUUGCAGGAUUAUGAAAUUAAAUUGAAUUUUCUUAAAACAUAAAAUAAAGUAAAACUAAACCAA